AUGCCUUCUUUGUCACCCACCAUGAUGGAGGGUAAAAUUGUCAAAUGGUUGAAAAAAGAAGGUGAUACUGUUAAUCCUGGAGAUGUUUUGUGUGAUAUUGAAACAGACAAAGCAGUUGUGUCAAUGGAAACAGAAGAAGAGGGUAUUCUAGCAAAAAUUUUAGUUCCUGAAAAUGUUAGUCAAAUCAAAGUGGGAUCAUUAAUAGCAUUAAUGGUUCCAGUAGGAGAGGAUUGGAAAAAUGUCGAUGUAAAAUCUAGUAGUUUAAGUGAUAAUGAUAACAAUGAAAGUAGUGGUGGAAAUGAUUUAAAACAUGAUGGGCCUGAACCAAUCGUCAUAAAAAUGCCAUCUUUAUCUCCAACUAUGACAUCAGGAAUAAUAGUUAAAUGGCUUAAAAGUGAGGGUAGUACAGUUUCUGCAGGGGAUGUACUUUGUGAAAUACAAACUGAUAAAGCUGUUAUGUCUUUGGAAACUGAGGAGGAAGGAAUAUUGGCCAAAAUAUUAGUGAACGAUGACUCGAAAGAAAUUAAUGUAGGAACUGUCAUAGCUUUAAUGGUUGCUGAAGGUGAAGAUUGGAAGAAUGUGAAACAAAUAUCGGAAAUACCUGGAGAAAAAUCAGAUGCUUCUAAACCUCAACCUACUAAGCCUUUAUCACCAGAAUCUGGAGAUAUUAGAAUUAAGAGUUAUGGGCCAGCAGUUAAAGCUUUGCUAACAACUUAUCAAAUAGAUCCUGGUUUAGUAAAACCGUCUGGAAAACACAAUAUUUUGUUAAAGGAGGAUGUUUUAAAGUUUAUUGAAGAAAACAGUUUAAAGAAAAAACCACCAAAAGUAGAAUCUGUGGCACAAUCUUCUCAAUCUUCUGCACAAGUAUUAAAACCUACCACACCUGCGGUAGCCAGUCAAAGUACUCCAACUACUUCUCCUAAAUUUGUUGAUCUGGAAUUAACCAACAUGAGAAAAGUUAUUGCAAAGCGUUUAUUACAAUCCAAGACUGAAAUCCCUCAUUCAUAUUGUACAGUUACAUGCAAUAUAAAUGAUUUAUUAAAAACAAAAGAUAUGUUAGCAGAAGAAGGAAUAAAAUUAUCAAUUAAUGAUUUUAUCACAAAAUCUACUGCUACUGCUCUUCAAUUGUAUCCUAAAGCAAAUGCAACUUGCACAAAUGACACAGUUACAUUAUCUAAUACAGUAGAUGUUUGUGUAGCUGUUGCCACUGAUAGAGGUUUAUAUACUCCAAUAAUAAAAUCGACAAGUUCAAAAAGUUUGUCAACUAUUUCAUUGGAAAUUAAAAAUUUAGCUGUCAAAGCUAAAACUGGUAAAUUAAAACCAGAAGAAUACACAGGUGGAACAUUUACAAUAUCAAAUUUGGGAAUGUUUGGCAUCACACAAUUUUCAGCCAUAAUUAAUCCUCCUCAAUGUGGUAUAUUAGCUGUUGGUAAUUCAACCGAAGUUUUCAAUGCCGAAAUGAAUGUUGAAAAACAAAUGACAAUGUGUUUGUCAUAUGAUAGAAGAGCUUUACAAGAACAUGAAGCUGCUGAAUUUAUGGACAUAUUAAAAAAUGUUUUAGAAACUCCUAAAUUAUUACUCAAAGGUAAUAACGAAUCUCCAUCAAAAAUUGGUUUAUGA